UUCGCGGAUACGUACCUUCGCCAUAGCAGUUGCUCAUAUACUUACUGUACAUAUAUACACACGACUAUACAUACGCUCGCAAAGGAAAGGCGAAGCAUCAGAAGAAGACCAGCAAAAAAAGUCUCAUCUGCAGAAACCACAAUGCCACGAAACCACCGCCUAUCACCCACAACAACCCUCCUAACUCUCCUCACUCUCCUGCCCCCAACAGCUCUGUCCCAAGAAUCAAAACGAGGCAUAGCAUACGUGGGAAACACACACACUUCCGACAAUGCGCUCCUAACAAGCUCCUCCUCUCCACUCACCUGGUACUACAACUGGUCGCCGUAUCCACCGUCCCAAGUCCCCUCGGAGGGAAUGGAAUUCGUGCCGCUGAUCCACGGGGUCGAUGGCGCGGAAGACGAGCAGACUGCGAGACAGCUGGAGCGGUUACCGGAGUCCAGCACGCAUUUGCUGUCGUUUAACGAGCCGGACGGUAGUACGGGGAGUGGAGGGAGUGCAAUUGAGCCGAAGGAUGCGGCGGAGGCUUAUGUCAAGUUUUUGGGGCCUUUGCGGGAAAAGGAGAGAAAGUGGAAGAUUAGCCAUCCUAGUACUACUGGAUCCGGGAACGGCCUAGAAUGGCUCCGCAAAUUCAACGAAUCGUGCUACGACAUCGACAAAGAUAAUGGCUGUCCAACCGACUUCAUCGCCGCGCACUGGUAUGGCGGGUUCGAGGGCUUGGCCGGCUGGCUGGGGACGCUGAACGAAUUCUAUAAUACGAACACCUCGAGGGAUCCUCCGCUCAAGAUCUGGAUCACGGAAUUGGCUCUCCCGCAAAUGGACGCAGAUGCGAACACGCAGAUGAUGAAUCAAACACUGCCGUAUUUAGAUCAGCUAGACUACGUGGAGAAGUACGCUUGGUUCGGGGCGUUUAGACCAAAGGAUGCGAAUGAAUGGACGGGCGAUGGGGUCGCGCUGUUCAAUAGUGAUGGUGGCUUGACCAAGUUGGGGGCGUUGUAUAUGGGUGGCGACAAGAACGGGUUCAAGGAAGGACAGCAGGGUGAAGGUGAAGGCGGAGGUGACGAAGACGGUGCGAGGCGGUCACGCAUAAGCUGGAGUUUGUUGUUAUCGUUGACAUUUGCAGCUGGGAUAUUCAGCACAUUAUAA